AACAGACAGUUACCACAGUGAUCAAAAAAGCAUUGAGAAUAAGCCUUGCAUUUGAUUCUCCACAUAUAAUUAUCUAUCUGAGUUACGUUUCUUAUCAUUACAUAUUCAAAACUAUUUGCAUCAGCAUUAUUAAACCAAAUACACAAAGUAUUUUUUUUUUUUUUUAAAAGAAUGGCUUCAUCAGCACCAGGAGCAACAGAAACUUGGCUUUUAGAAAAUGGAAACAUUAAGCCCUUAAACAAAGAGAUGAGGCAUGGACAUGGCCGUAGCCAUGGUCGAACGGCUCACAACGUGUCGUCUUCGUCUCUUCGAAAGAAGUCCGAUCUUACCCUUGUCCGGAAAGUGCCUUGCACUAUUGUUAGAGAUGUUCUUGCUAAUAUUCAAGAGGUCAUUUUUGGAACUAAGCUUUUUGUUCUCUUCAUUGCCAUCCCAUUAGCCAUUCUUGCUCAUUACGCAAACUUUGGAAGAUCGUGGGUUUUUGGAUUGAGUUUAGUUGGACUCACUCCAUUGGCUGAACGGGUCAGCUUCUUGACAGAACAAAUAGCUUUCUUCACGGGUCCAACCGUUGGAGGGCUUCUAAAUGCAACGUGUGGGAAUGCGACGGAACUCAUUAUAGCAAUAUUUGCUCUGACGCAACACAAAGUAGAUGUUGUUAAGUACUCCCUCUUGGGCUCUAUUCUUUCAAAUCUUCUUCUGGUUCUUGGCACCUCACUCUUCUGUGGUGGCAUUGCAAAUCUCUCCAAGGAACAAAAAUAUGACAGAAAACAAGCGGAUGUGAACUCGCUGCUUCUGCUAUUAGGGCUAUUAUGUCACAUACUGCCGUUACUGUUCCGUUACGCUGGAGUUGGAGAAUCAGCAAAAAUAACAGCAGAAGCAGUAUUGCAGCUAUCAAGAGCCAGCUGCAUAGUCAUGCUCAUUGCCUACUUUGCUUACCUUAUUUUCCAGUUGUGGACUCACCGCCAACUUUUUGAUGCAGAAGCCGAAGUUAAUGAAGAAGAUGAUGACGCAGAGGAUGAGGAAGCAGUGCUUGGAUUCUGGAGUGCAUUUGCAUGGUUGGUGGGAAUGACUCUUAUCAUUGCUCUAUUAUCUGAAUAUGUUGUUGGUACCAUUGAGGCAGCAUCAGAUUCUUGGGGAAUAUCUGUGAGCUUCAUCAGUGUUAUUUUGUUACCAAUUGUUGGAAAUGCUGCAGAACAUGCUGGGGCUGUCAUUUUUGCUUUCAAGAACAAGUUGGACAUUUCCUUGGGAGUUGCCCUUGGCUCAGCAACUCAAAUUGCCAUGUUUGUGGUGCCAUUAUGUGUGAUUGUUUCAUGGAUUAUUGGUGUGAGAAUGGAUCUUGAUUUUAAUCUUCUUGAGACAGGCUCCCUUGCUUUGGCAAUAAUUGUCACAGCUUUCACUCUACAGGAUGGAACAUCUCACUAUAUUAAAGGAUUAGUCCUCCUGCUCUGUUACAUUGUCAUCAGUGCAUGCUUUUUCGUUUCCAACAGACCACAAACACAACCAAAUGCUGUCAACUUGGGCUCAUCAACUGAGGGAAUCAUGAGAGUUUGAUGGUCACAAACUUAUCAACAAAAGGAUGGAAACCAACAAAAAUUGGAUGCAUAUCUUAUUCUUUGAUUGCGAAUAUUGGGUUUUAUUAUUGAAUCAUGAGAGUAUGAUGUACUAUUUCAUUUUUGUGUGUGCUUAAUGGUAUGGUUGAAUCAUGAUCAUAUAAGUCAAUGAUGUCUAUAUAUAUUUCUCAGUUCCCUGCUGUGUUAUUCUGUACGUUGCUGAGGGUUUCUUGUAAUAGCAACUGGUUGUAAGUUUCACUUUAUUUACUGCUUUAAAAGAAUAAAUGAGUAUUUCCAUUGCA